UCGUCAAGUCAACAAAAACAGUUCAGUUUCAGCUCGCUACAGAGGAGUUCAUACGUAUGAAAGAGCGCUCGGUCAGUGACAAGUCAGAACGUGUUUGUGGACUUUGUGGUGCAAAAUGGUCCGUAGUUUGACUCAGUGGACGAAAACUCUGAGUUUCCCCGCCAGAAUUUCGCCGAAUAAGAGUUCGAAAGAAAGUAUUAAUAUCCAUCAAAUUAGUGUCACUCCUUCCUUGAGCAACAAUUCCUUAACGAAAAAUAACGACAUCAACAGUAUGAUGAACACUCAUGCAUCUUUGACAGAAGUUAAUCAAAUUUACUCGGAUCCUGAAUCAGAGAAGGCUAUUAUGAGCUCUAUUGUCUACUGCAUUCAUCAUAAGGAAGGUUGCAAAUGGUCGGAUGAACUUAGAAAACUUAAGGGUCACCUCAACACUUGCAAGCAUGAUGCUAUUCCUUGCACAAGUAAGUGCGGAGCGCAGAUUCCUAGGGUGUUGAUGGAAGAUCAUUUGAAGUACACGUGUCCACAGAGGAGGACAAGGUGCGAGUUUUGUAACAAGGAGUUCACAGGACAUGCUUUAGAGAAUCAUGUGGGUCACUGCGGCUAUGAGCCUCUUUAUUGCGAAAACAAAUGUGGAGUGAAAGUUCAUAGAAGACAUCUCAGCCAGCACAAAGUUGGAGACUGUUCAAAGAGACUAGUUCCUUGUAGAUAUUGUACUAAAGAAUUCGUUGCAGACACUCUUCCUGCUCAUCAUGUCAAGUGUGGGCGAGUUCCAGUCCAGUGCCCUAAUAGGUGUGACGUUAAUGUAUUGGCCCGUGAAGAACUAGAAUCUCACCUCAAAGAAGAAUGCACAGUUUCUGUUCAUAGUUGUAAUUUCAAAGAAGCAGGAUGCAGAUUCAAAGGACCUAGAUAUGUAAUAGAAAAACACAUAGAAGAAAAUUGCCAGCAACACCUGACCCUUAUGUGCAAUAUUGUAUCUAAACAACAACACCAAAUCACCUCUUUAAAAAGUGCGCUGUCCAGAUUGUCAUUAAACUAUUCUGGAACUCUCAUUUGGAAGAUUAGUGAUUUUUCAACAAAAAUGGCUGAAGCAAAGACCAAGGAAGGAAUGGAAUUGGUGUCCCCACCUUUUUAUACUAGUCAAUAUGGAUAUAAAUUACAGGCAUCUCUCUUUCCAAACGGCAACGGAGCUGGAGAAGACACGCACAUCUCGGUGUACAUCAAAAUACUCCCAGGAGAGUACGACGCACUAUUAAGAUGGCCAUUCUCCCACUCGGUUUCCUUCACCCUCUUUGAUCAGUCAACCUGCCCGGAAAAAGCUUGCAACAUCGUCGAGAGCUUCAUUCCCGACCCAACCUGGAAGAACUUUCAAAGACCCAGCCGGGAACCAGAUUCCUUAGGGUUUGGUUUCCCCAAGUUCGUUUCACAUGAAAUGUUGAAGAAGAGACAUUUUAUGAAAGAUGACACCAUGUUUAUUAGGGUGAAGGUCGAUCCUAGCAAGAUCGUAGCCGUUUAAACGUUAUGGGAAUAGUUUGAAAAGAAGGCUGUAGUAGACAAUGAUUGUACUUCAAAAUAGACUAAACUAAUAACUGAUGUAUAUAAGAUGUCGUCUAGAGAAUAUUUUUUAUGAUCUCAUUUUUCUUGAUGUAUAUAUUUGUAUAAAUGUAAAAAUUUCGUACAGAAAACUGUCCUAUGGAAGACUGUUGAUCGAAAAGCUAUGUAUAUAAAAAAACUUUUGAAUAUUAGUAUGUAUGUGUUUUUGCACAACUAUUAAAGAUAUGCUGUAAAAUAUCUUGAUUAAUGAAAACUAAAGCAAAUACGAAUAUUUGUAUAUUUUGUCGUAUUUUUCGUAAUAAAAGUAAUAUUCAAAAUGUAUAUUUAACACGAGGUAUUCAUAAACUUUCAGAAAAUUAUUAUUAUUCUAUAAAACGAUUACUAAAGUUACUCUAAAGUUUAAAAAUUUAUUUUUGUAUAAAAAUCUCAUUAAUGAUUUAUGAACUACACCUUCAUUAAGUUAGUUUGUCAAUAGUAAGUUUCAUUUCAUAAACAAGUUUAACGUUGUAACAGGAAAGAAGUAUAUGGAAAAGUGUUUUUACCAGUAAAAUGAUUUGUAGACUUAUCAAUGUCAUCAGAUUUGUUUAUCUAACCUAACCUAACAACAGCUGAUAAUUACGCAAGUAGUGUGUUUUUACGUUUUUAUAGCGUUUCAAUGACUUCUGAUCAUUAAGGAUCAAUGGAGUGAGUAAUAAUGCGUGGAGACUCAUAAUGCAAGGAAAGAUAGAUGAUAGAAGAAGCAUCGGAAGAAGACGACUUUCAUGGCUGAAGAACCUGAGAGAAUGGUUUGGAUGCAGCUCAAAACAACUAUUUAGAGCUACUGUCUCAAAAAUUAAAAUAGCUAUGAUGAUUGCCAACCUCCGUAGUGGAGAUGGCACCUGAAGAAGAAGAAGAAGAAGAAGUGAGUAACACCAAAUCAUGAAUGCUGAUCUGUUAUCAUACUGCUAAUCCAUCGGCCCCGUCCAUUCUAAUUUAAUUCGCAGAUCCAUCUCGGAUUUUAAACUACAUACUAUGUUUUUUGUCUUUCUGGCCCCACUCGAGAUUAAAACCAUAUAAACACAUUAAAGUGGCUCUACCGACCUACUUAACUAUAUAGUAAGAUAUUUUCAAGUUUUUGUAGAUCAUCAGCCCUGUGAUGGAUGACCGAAGUUAUCUUUAACGUAAAGUUAUCCGGUAGUUAAGUUAUAAUCCUCGAAUUGGUGUGAUGUAUCAUAUUUAACUUAACUACUUGCGUUAUUUCUUGACAGUUCUUGAGUUAUCUGAUAUAUCAACUGUCACUUUAUAACGCGAUGUUAAACCUCAAAGUAUCAGAUAACUCUGUAGUUAUGUAAGGAUGUGUAAAGUUAGGUUCAUCUUUUGACUUAUUUUUAGAUAUAAAUCAAGUAAAUAUUCAACAAAGAACACUGCUUCAGGUUUUGCUAGGAUUUUGUGCGGCAUGUUAUUCAUUUAAUAUCAAAUAUAAAGCAGUACAAAAUUAAAAAUAUCCAAAAAAUAGAACUCAAAUAACAAUUAAAAGUACGUAGGUAAUAAUAAGAUUAAAACAAUAAUUAACGAUAAAAAGCAAAGCUAAUAAUUUAAGAAUAAAAGGGUAAUACAAUUUUAAAAAUCAUACAAAAAUCAAAUUGAUAUUAAUUGUUGAAUAUAACUUGAAAUUUAUAAACAUAUGCAGUGUUGCCAGAGAAAUUUUUUUAAAUGCACUGGAAUGACUGAAAGAGUGACACAAAAUGUACUAAACCAACACAUUUUGUACAAAAACUUUAAAAAAUCGUUGUUUAAUAUUAUUUGAAGCAAAUUUCUUAUAUCACAAAAUUUGGGGUUUUUAUUUAAGUUACUUUCGUAUCAAAAGUUUGGUUGUUAAUUUUAUCAAAUUGGUACAAUUGUACCAACUCUGGCAACGCUGCUUUUAUGGUUAUCGUCCCAUCCUGUCAAGUCUGUGCCAUGUUACGAUCAAUCUCUCGCACUCACUCCAACUUAUACUAUUUCUACAUAAGGUUCUCUUUGUUACUUCAAACUUGGUUACUUAAAUGUUAUUUCUCUUUUUAACGUUUAAGAAAUAACUAUCUCAUAACGCUGACGGAUACAUCACACCGAAUUUAGUUAAAUAGUUAUGGGCAUCGUUAUCCCUGAGACAUCUUAACUUUAACUUAAACGUUCAAGAUAACUUCGGCAAUCCAUCACAGGGUUGAAUACCUAUACUUUAUAUUAUAAAGUUGUUGCAAACCAUGCAACCGUUAUGCCAGUCUAUUACCUGUACUAACUGAGAGACUAAUAUUAUGCGGAAAAUCUACCAUGAUGAUAGAGAAGCCUUGGGAUGAAUGGGAUUAUACUUUCCUUUCGCCCAUUCAAAAUAAAACAAAAUAAGUACUAUAUUUCCUUCUUUUUCGUUAAUCUUUUUAUUUUCUGUCUCCCAAUGGGGAGAUUGGAUAUCAUCAUCACUGCCUUUACUUUAUCUACUGCGGCUUUGAAGAGUUCUAGUGAACUUUUAAAAAGUCCUUAAAUUAUUUAACCAUGACACUCUGAUUGUUCCCACACUACUUUCUCAUCUUAUCUUUCCCUGUAUUAUCAAUCUUAACAUUUCAUAUCGCUGUCCGCUUAUUACGUGUCCCAUAUAUUGUAACUUUCUUAUUUUUAUUCUGUUUAUUAUGUCAAAUUCUUGUCCAUUUCUCGCAGUACUUCCAUGUUCAUUUUUUUCCGUAUCCAUGCUAUUCUAAGCAACUAUUAUUUGCUCAUUUAUGCAGAUAUUUCGACCAUUGUGUUAAAUGUGGAAAAUAUUUAUUUUAGUUGCAUUCAUUUGAAAAUAACCAUCAUUCUGAUAAUAACUGUCUAAAAUUAUCUAUUGGAAUCCAAUGCCAUUGUAAAUCUAUUACAUCAGCCAUGGUCUGCUAUUGGCGAUUAAUGUAAUUUUAGUAAAUAAUUGUAUUGUUAUUGUUUUGUUUUCGUAACUUUUCAUAAGCUUUGUCGAUAAAAUUGUACAAUUUUUCAUGACAAUUCUAAUUCUAAUUAUUAGAGAAUAGUCCACUUUCUUCAUUUUGUAACUUUUUUUCUUUUUGGAUUGCAACUACUUCUCCUGAGAAACUUCAUUGGUUUUUGUUGAUUCGAUUAUACCGUUUGUAUAGUCAAUAUUUUCUCUUGAAUUCUCAUUUUUGUUCUUUUGUUCUCUUUAUUGUCUUCUAAAUUCUCAUUCACAUAAUAUGCUUUGUACCAUUUUUAUUCUUUUCAUUCGUUGCAUUAUUUCAUUAGUGUGACUUUCAGCUUCACUGUUUUCAAAGCCGCUACAAUGCGGUUCGUAUUCAUUUUUAAUGCCUUCGAAUGGAUCAUAAACAUCAAUGUCACUGCUAUGUAGUUGAGACUCCAUUUCUUCAUAAAUUAACAAAGAAUACCAGAAUCACACAUGCUGUUAGGCGGACUGUCUCUGAGGAGGCACUCCCGAGGAGAAAUUAACAAAAAAGAGCAGUCUUCUAAAGAGUUCAGCGGCAACUGUGAAGCUGUUCUUACUGUGAUAAAGACGCCAGUCAUUCCCAAAGAAUAAUCAAAACUAUGUGUGUCUGAGAAUGACGUUGGGGCAAUAAGGGAUGCCCUAACUAAACUUAUGUAUAUCGACGAUACUCCUUGCGCACCUCUUUAUGAAGGUAACCGACACAUGGAUAGAUACUAAGGGUUGAUAAUGAGCUGACGAGGCGUUCUUUGAAACUACAGAGGACUUUUUGAAUGAAAAGACGGAAUGAAAGAUCGUUCAGGUCCUCAUAAAUUAACAGAUAUUUCAGGCUAAAAAAAAUAAGAUUCAAUGUAUAAAUGAUACGUAGGUAUUCAUGGUCAGAAAAAUAACAGCAAUAAUUAAAUAAGAUAACAAGUCUUAAUUUAGAUCUUAAGAAUACAUGCUAUGAUUCAAAUCAUCCUUAAGAUCCAUUUUACUUAACAUCCAUUUUGACGAACCUUCCGCGAUCCAGAGGAAACUUACGAACAUUUAGUAAUUGUAGAUAAUUAGUAUUAAAUGUGGGUGCCUACAUUGGAUCCGUUUUUCUCCGAUCAGAUCAGAUCCGAUAUCGGCCGACGUCGGGAGUAGCUUCUCCUAUUCUCAUCGAGAAGUGUUUGGUUUCAUUCCGAUUGGUUGCAAGUUGAGUUGCAAGUUGGUUGCAAGUUGGUUGCAAGUUGGUUGCAAGUUGGUUGCAAGUUGGUUGCAAGUUGGUUGUAAGAUGGUUGCAAGUUGGUUGCAAGUUGGGGGUUGCAAGCUAACAUGUUUAAAUAUAUUCAAUGUCAUCAUCUCAUUUUCAUUUUCCCUGUAAACAUCAAUAAGUGUGAUAUUUCCUUCCGACCACUCCAUUACUAACAAAUAUUCCAACUCAGGCGCCCCAAAACCAACAAACCACUCGCAAACCCGUCCAAAUACGUAUUGCGAACCAUCAAAGCAUUUGUUGAAAAGCCGACAGAAGUUAGAUCGUGGUGUGCCGUGUGCGAGCCGUUUGUGUGCCACUUGAAAACACGUACUAAUCUAACAAAUAUGCUGCGCGCGAGCGGCUCGCACACCGAGCAGAGCGCAUAUGUAUACCCGCCUUUAGACUUGCCUAGAACAUAUUACUUACUGCAAUCUACUAUUUUAGUUGAGAUAAGCCACAAUUUAAAUAUGAAACCUAAAUUGUGGCUUAUUCCCAACUAAAAUAGUAAAUUUCAUAAGAUGCCACUUACCGAAUUCAGGCAUAAUUUGAAUAAACCACUUUUCUGUACUAUAUGUCUGUUAGUUUCAUCCACAAUGCUUAUCGAUAUCAACAUACAAGUGAUUUUCUUUUUCAAGUGCCUAUCGAUAUGGGCAUACAAUGCUGUAAGUAGCUAUAAGAUGGUUAUAAUUGACUAAUGGCCGGUUUCACCAACGACAAAUAGUAGUUUAUUCUACGAAUAAAGUUAUUCGACCAAUAAACUGGCAUUUGGCCAUUUAACUAACGUCAAAUAAGACUUAUUUUAUUUAUUAAUCAAAUAAAUCUUAGAAUAAAUUGGCAAGUUAAUCUCGCUGUAAAUAUUUAUAAGAAAGUAAACUCGUCAGUUUAACUUUAAAUUAUCAAAAUUAUAUUGAAAUAAAAUAAAAAUAUAAACGUCUAAUAAAUUUUAUUCGACGACUCAAUGAAUAGUUAUUCGUCGAAUAAUAUUUAUUAGUCGAUUAUAGUCAUAUUUGACGUUGGUGAAACGUAGAUGCGUCAGUUUAUUGGUCGAAUAACUUUAUUCAUCGAAUAAACUACUAUUUGUCAUUGGUGAAACCGGCCAUAAAAGCUGUAAAUACUAAUGCAUUUUGUAAAUGUAACAGCCUUAAACAUUUUACAAACUCAGGAAAUUGUUAUAAGUAUGAUAAAUUUACUUAAAGAUAUGGUAAAAGCAGUUUUCUUCUUACAACUAACAGCAAGUAGGUAUUAAAACAAUAUCUAUACUUUGUUAAUUUUUAGAAAUUCCUUUUGUUUUUAAUAAAUUUAGCAAAUGCUUGCUGGUCGAGAAUUAUUUUUUCAGUUUAUGGUGUGAUAUUGAUAGGAUUUUUAAUUUUGAAGCAAACUUCAGGGCAUUUAAAACAUUUUUUGUUCUUAAAGAAAAUAGUAUUCUAAAAAUUCUCAUUUAUGUUAAUAUUAGUCAUUAUUUAUUUUGGAAUUAAUUUUUUUUUAAAGACACAAGAAUUUAAUUUUUUUUAGUCGUUUUAAAAAUAUUUGGUUUUGGUAUAUAUUUACGAGAAUCAAACCUCUUUGUUGUACAUUUUAUACAAUAUGUUAAUUAUCUGGAAAGUGAGGAGCUCAGGAAAUUUUGUAAAAAGGUUUUCAAAAUUUUGUACUCAUGUUUUUAUUUUAUUUUGUGAUAGCUGGAGAACACCAAAGUUUUGUUUAUACAAUUUUUCCUUUCUGUACAUAUAGGGUUAAUCUGAAAACGUGUACUUGGUACAUGAGUAUCUUAGUCAUUUUUUAGAGUUAGUUUUGUAUUUUAUGACUGGACACCAUUAUCCCAGUUUGAAAUAAAUUAUAUGUUUAACUUGUA